AUGUUCGCCCAGCAGUUCGAUCAUUCUUUCAAUGAUUUGUUCAAUCAAUACGUAAAUAUGGAGUCCUCCGGACCCGAAAAAGACUCGUUCUCCACAAAUUUUGACCAGUUCUUCCCGCUUGACUCCCUAUCCAGUGACGGUGGCGAUCUGCCUGCUGUCUCCACUCAACGCCAUCAUCAGUCACCGCAACCUUGGGCUAAAGAGUGGUCCCUGCAGGACGAUGAGCCCCAGUUUACUUUUGAAGACACUCUUCAACCCUCUGUCAUCCCAGACCUUGGUCUGAAUACUUUUGAAGUCUCUACCGGCCUUGCUUCGACUACAAACAGAGCUUCCACUUCCCCAUCAACUCCUCCGACUACUCCCCACCGCAAAGUUACCAAGAGUGCACUUGUUACUCCCAAAUCUAUCCGCCAUCGUGACCCUAAUGAACGUCGCGCACUUCUGCGCAAGCAAAGCUUCUCUCCUAGUUUGAUGCGCUCUUCUAAUCAUCCUAAAGGAAGAAUGGCGUACUCCGAGGCCUGGGCCCAGCGGCUCCAGAACUUUAGCCUGGCUGGAUCCGAUGAUCGCCUUCCUUUGUCUCCUCCGCCAUCUGAUGCUCUCAUCCAACACGAAACCACAAUGAACCAAGCCAGAGACUCGGCCGAGAUCCCCCCUCACUUCUACCAGCCGUCACCUAUUUCUUUGCAAUCUACUCCUAUAGGCGCUAUGGCAAGACACCAACAAGCAUCUUUUUCUCAUCAAAAUUCCUCAGCUUUGACAAACUCAAGCUCCCCUUCUGCCGAUGAUAUUUUCUCUUCAUCGCACUCUUCAGAUCCCCACUCUAUCUCUUCAUGGCAAUCAGAUGCCCUUGGCACCUCUUCCCUCCCUUUUACCCCAGACCUUCAAUCCCACGAUCAGACCUGGUGGUCUCCUAUGUCUUCGCGUGUUGCGCAACAGCAAACACACUACCUCCAGUCUCCAACACCCAAUCCCUCUAUGCAAAAUGUUGGAACUGUUGGGAGUCAAAAUGAAAUGUUACACGGAGGACUGAUGAUCCAAUUGGAUCCUACAUUUGACAUCUCUGCCGAUUCCUCCUUCUCAUCUAACCUCCUUCCUGCCAACUCUCAAAAAUUUGUGGCUCCUUUCCCUACCCAUCCGCUCCACCAUAUUUCCUCGCCUUCUCUCUCACCCAAAGCUACCACCACAUCACCGAAAGAUAUUCGAAAUGGCGUUUUCAAGGCGACUCACCGCCGCACGAACAGCCGCAAACUCCCUGGUCAGAGCAUGAAUGGUCCUAAAUCCGCAAAGUCUGGAAGCCCUCGCGGCGCAAACAAGUCUGUAAGCGUAUCAUUUGUCAACUUCACUGCCAAUGAUAGCCAGAAGAUUCUCACUGGUGUUGCUCCUUCCGGUAGCUCCAAGACAAAGGCUCGUCGGGAGCAAGAAGCCCAAGAUAAGCGCCGCAAACUCAGCGAGGCGGCUCUCAGAGCUGUCCGCAAUGCUGGCGGUGAUGUUGAGGCUCUUGAAGCCGUAUUCUGCUAA